UUACAGUUUCACAGCAUCCAAAUGGCUUGGAAAAUCUGAGUGUGUCUGAGGCUCUGCUCUUACAGUCAAGGCAUGCCUGCCUGGUUCUCUAGAGAAGGGUUGGAGGGAUGGAAUGUGGCUGCUGCAAGCUUCCAUGGCAGUUGCUAAAGAUGACCAGAUGGACCUGCAGGACUUCAGCGGGACCCACUGACCAAGAAGGGCAGAUCCAGGGUUCCUGAGAUCCUCCCUCGAGUUAUUCCAGCUGAAGGCUCACUUCCUUCUCAGCAUGGAGCCCCUCCUACUGCUCUCCUUGGCUCUCUUUUCCGAUGCCAUGGUCAUGGAUGAAAAGGUGAAAUCAGGCGUUGAGCUGGACACAGCUUCUGCAAUCUGUAACUAUGACGCCCACUACAAGGACCACACCAAGUACUGGUGCCGUGGCUAUUUCAGGGACUCGUGCAACAUUAUUGCCUUCACCCCUAAUAGCAGCAACCGUGUGGCCCUGAAAGACACAGGAGACCAACUCAUCAUCACUGUCUCCUGCCUGGUCAAGGAGGACACAGGCUGGUACUGGUGUGGUAUCCAGCGGGACUUUGCCAGAGAUGACAUGGAUUUUACAAAGCUGAUUGUGACUGACAACAGAGAAGACCGGGCCAAUGGCCUUUCACCUGGCACUUCAGGCAACAGGACCCGGAGCUGUAAGACGUCCAAAGCUGUUCAAAAGGCAGAGGGCUCCCGAAUGUCCAUUCUGAUCGUUUGUGUACUGAUUAGCGGGCUGGGGAUCAUCUUUUUAAUCAGUCAUAUGUCCAGAGGAAGACGAAGCCAAAGAAACAGAGGAGUUACUGGCAAAAGCAUCAAUAGAAACCCACAAGCAAGUCAAGCUCCGUCCAUGGUCUCCAUCCCCUUGACUGUCCUUCCCAAGGUCCCAAGACAAAAUGGUCAACAAAAAGCCCUCCAAUGGACUGGAAAUGCCACAAAGACCGGAUAAGUGUAUUCCUUUACUUGGGUUUGAAGGAAUAGGGUGUAGAACUGGUCACUGGGGCUGCCGUGGAGAUUGUUCCUGCAGAGAACAUGGAAGGUAUCAGUUUUGGGGGGAUCAGUAUCUCUGCCCUACUCCUGCCGUCCCUCUCGGAUAAGACCCUGAGCACGACCACUACCCACGGGAACUUGCAAGCCGGCUACAACUCUUCAGAGGGAAGGGCAGUGAGUCUUUUCGCUGGUGCUGGGCAAGUGAACCCAGGACUGUUUGCACACUGGGUCAAGCCCUCUACCACUGAGCUACAUGCUAUAUCUCAGUGAGACCUUUAAAAUGAGAAGUAGAGCUGUACUUGAAAGGGUAUACGAAAUAAAGGAGCAGAGGUAGAGUGGGAA